AUUUUGGCUGGUGGUCCCUUAUUUUCAAGGCUGCUGGUCCCUUAUUUUCAAAUCUGUAAGUUGACAGCUAUGCACUCCACACUGACAGAAACCUCACUAACAGCACAAUCCAAACCGAAGAUCUGCCAGGAGGAAAGAGUUUGGAUUUCGCAAUUCUUGGGCUUUCCGGACUAAGAUGGCAUUCAACCAAGACUACACUAGGGUAAGUCCCUUACCCUGGCUAAGCUGGAGACACACUGUUGUAAAUCCUCCAAGAAGGGACACUCAAGGGGUGGGAUGGGGCAAGACUUACACCUAUUUCAAAUCCUGUUCAGCCUGAUCAUGUUACCUAGGCCUUAAACCUCAAAACUCAGGCCCACACUCUCACCUGCCAGAUCAACUGGCAAGAGUGCCUCCCGGAGGCUCCUAAAUGGAGUUUGGAAUGGAUGUAACUUAUUUCCUGUAGUUAGGAUAGCUCUGCAACACAUAAUGGCUCUCUAGAUUCCCCCCCCCCCCAAUUAAUGAAUGAAGACCAGGGAACAGCCUGCCUUUCCUCCACAUGGGUGUACUUAUUAUCCAUGGGUUAUGAAUGUCUCAAAGGGCUUCUGUGAAAAACAUUUAGGGGGGGGGGGGAGAAAUUAUCUAAAGGUUCCUUUCCACUAACUGAGCAAGCUUCUGUGAGAUAAUCAGCCUCAUAUAACCAACAUGCUUAACUCUAAUUAAUGCAUGAAGGGGUUAAUACAAUGGAGUAAGCUGUCAUGCCAGCCUUAGCUAGGUCGCCUUGGAAGGAAGGGUUACCCAGCCUUUGAUCUUUCCAUUACACCAUGUAAACCCUACCAGUCAGGAGGUCUAAGCUGAAUGUUCCAAGCUUAGACCACAUGGCUUAAGCAAGUCAUCUUUGUGUUUCUAUGCAAAUAAUUUAGAAACAUUUACCACUUUGGAACCUAAGUUUCAUUGCCUGUGUUUUCUAACUGCUAUAUGGAAAAGCACAUGAAUGUGACUUUUGAAAUGUUUGUAAGUAAACCAUUUUUAACUUACCAAAUGUGGUCUCCUUCCAUGCUAAGGGUACUGUGGGAAUUUGGAAGAAACUUAAAACGGGGAUAUUUAAAAGGUCUAUCAGCCUAUAUUUCACGCUUCCACCGAGAUAUGGAUUUCCACUUUCCACUAGAGGAAGUCCGUCAAAGGAAAUGCCUUCUGGAACCAGGAAUAAUAACCUCAAUAACUAAAGCAUGGCCAAAAAAAAAAAAAACCCUUCAAAAAUUAAGCAUGUCAUAAACACACAGCUCCGCCAAUUAAAACUGAUCUCCCCAAUUAAAAUUGCCUCCUGCUGGUAAGUCAACUAAAGCUUUUGUUGAUUAAUCUACUAAUUAAAGGUUCCAAGCCUAGCGUAUGGUAGCAUUCAUUUCACUUUCCAGGGCUAUAUGGCUGUUCAGAAGAGGGCAUUGAGGGCAACAGAGUUGGAACUGUUUGAAAUAUAAUCAGGUUCUUUGAGGUUUUCCUUGACAUGAUUAUUUAUAUGUCUCACAGCUGAAUAUUAGCCCUCUGCAGGCAAUUUGAAAGAGAAAUAGACAUCUACAUUAUAAGUGAUCUGCCCUCCUACUCGUCCUCCCCGCCCCCUUUGCAAUUCACAAAGAAUUCUUUCAUGACAAUGGAUGGAGAACGACUUCAUGAAAAUAAAUAGCCAAGAAGCAAUAUGGUUUUAAUUGCCUGUGCUGCUGUAUUGCUAAAAUAAAACAGCUGUGAUCACAUACUGAGAUAAAACCAUUGUUCAAUAAAUAAGUCUUAUUAAACAUUGCUGCAGUGAUGAUGAGUUCAGCUGUCCAAUGGCAAAGUGGGCCCACUUCCUGGACCACCCAUUGCUCCAAGAGUGUAAAGAUGUAACCGGCCUCUAUGUGAGUCUCUCUCGCCUGGGUGGAAUGUUCAGUACUGUAUUUGGAGCCCAUAGUUCACAAAUGGGUUACAUUGUGGUAACUUGGUUUAUUUACUGAUUGAACAAAGCAUAGCUUGGCUUACCUAUUGACUAUCAUAUAGAGCGUUCCUCUCCAAAGGCUACAAGGAUCCUCUCAUUUGCCUUUUCAAUUUCAUUUUUACUUUAAUUUCUAACUGUUCACUGCAAAAAAAUAAUAAAAUUAUAUACCUUAACAUUAAACUGAAUAUAACAAAAGAAUAAUGAUAUAUUGGUUCAUAAUCAAUUCACCACAAUUACUAUGAAAUUGGUCUUUGUUUAUUCAUAACAUGUAUCUCACCUAGCAGCUCAUAGGGUUCAAUAUUUGAUGAUGACCACAAUUAAGUUUAUACACCACGUAAUGUCAAAAUAGGUUUCUACAUGGUUCACAGAGAAUUAAAGACCAGAUAAGUGCCCACUCUCUUGGCUGAAGGACUCCUUGUCAGAAUGUCAGGUGGCCUUUGCAGAUGUAGUUGGUGAGGUUCCCAUCGUCCCAGGCUAGGGGAAAUAAACCAGACAGAACACAGAACACAGUCUUGCAGGAUUCACAGCUAGAUGGCCUCUAAUAUAAAAUGAAAGGUUAUUUAGCACAGUAAAACAAUCAAAACUUUAAUAAGAAAGAAAUGAAGCAACAGCAAAUAAAUCCCAAGUCAAAAUUUACCAAACAGGUAAAUCCAAUACUAAAAUAUCAUUAACUGUUUUCUACAGAGGUGAUUGAAAAAGACUGAUAACGAAUAUGUUAUAACAUGGUCAGUGAAUUGAUCAGCAAUGUUUGGAAAGCUAUGCAAACUGGUACAACACUUCCCUAUGUGCCUUUGGCUUACACAUACCCAAAACAACCAGUACAUUUUUCCUUUGCAAAUGUGGCCCACACUUUAGCUAAGCGGCUUCUUUGUAACAAGUAAAGGAAUACAUGCUGGCUGGUAGCAUAUCCCAUUUUCAAUCAGGUGCAAUAUAUAUUGACUUCGUUGUUGUUAUUGAGUGUGGCAUAUUAUUUAGUAAGGAUUAUGUGUUUUGCAAUUAUACCAGACAACUGGGGGAGCUGGUUCUCCGGGCAGAAAUGAACAUUCAAUGUUCAAAUGAACAUUCAAAGAAAGUUGGCUUAUUUAAAUUUAAAAAGUAAGUUUCUAGCCUCCCAUGCCUCCCACCUAAGUGGGGGGAAAGCUACGAAAAUAGUGCUACAGAUUCCUUUGGUAAGUGAUCUACUAGGAUGAAGGCUCCCCUCUAGUGGAACUAUGUAGUAUUAAUAUUGUAUCACAGCCAUUUAGUUACUGUACUAGUUUACAUUCCCCCUAUAUUUUAGAAUGCUUGUUACGGGAAGAAAGUGGGGCUCUCAUUUUAUUACGAAACAAGAGAGGUGCUGAUUUUGUUAAAACCUGCUUUUGCAAAAGUCUAUGAUCUGAACAUAUGAUUUAUUUUAACACCUACGAAAACAGACAACUACACUCAAGACAUUUUUCCCUCUGUCUCUCUAACCAAGUUGCCCUGAAUCCAGUCCCCUAGAGAAGCUGAAAACUACUUUUUUUUUAAUUCUCCAUUUCAAAAUGGUUGGGAUCAUACUCCAUAACUUGCAGUCCCUCAUGGUUAAUGGUUAAUUCAUGCCUGCAUACAGUUCAUAAUUUUAUUUUCUUUUAUUACAGCUUGCUCUUGAAAAGGACACAAAAAUAGGAUGCACAAAAGAACUACAGUGAUUGCGCACAUAAGAUUUCCAUGUACAUAAACAUGGCAUAUAUUUGCUCAAAAUCCUACUGCUUAACAAUUUGAUUAAUGCACUUCCUAUUUACAUCUCCCUCUCUUUCUGUACUCAGCUGUGCUGACUGGUUACAGCUGCAAUGAUGCCAAUUUUCUUUAUGGAUAAUCUGAUUGAAUAACAUGGCAUUGUGGUGUCAAUAAACCACAGAGAUGGAGGCAAUGCCUGUUGCAAAAAUGAAGGAAGUGCUGACAGGGGUGGGGGAGGCAGGUCAUAAGCUUAAAACAGAGCAAGGUAGAUUGCAGCUACAAAGACAAGCCUCUCAGUCAGCACAGGUUGGAGUGUGCUUAUGGCUUCUGGUUAGAUAUACAUUUAAUAAAUUUUAAAAACAGAUGGGGAGGUUUCUCUAGGUGGCUUUCAAACAAAUGAUGGAUUGCAUUUUGAUUCCUGAUUAUGAGAGUUUCCUUAAAAUUAAUAAGUUUAUAUCGGAUUCCUGCGUGGGGUUGGACUAGAGGACCCUUGAGUCCCUUCCAUGAUUCUAUGGUCAUCAGGGGACAACUGUGUAAAGGACCUUAAAAUUGUACCCGGCCUUUUUUUUAAAAAAAUCUUUUGUAUAUUGUAUGCAUAUUUCAUUCAGUUUUAAGGAAAAAAAUUAAAACUCUGCUGUGGUAUCGGCAGCAGCUGCUGGGUCUGAUUGUUCUGAAUUAAUGAAGUAACUCUUAGAGUUGGCAGCUUGUGAUUUAAAAUGUUUUAAUUGCUCCCUGUGCCGGCGAUUUAAGUAGGUUGUUCUGUUAUAAUGGGUUUCUGUACUAUUUAUCAUUAACUAUCCUACAAAAUCUUUCUUGGGAGGCUAGACAGAGUUGCAGCAUGUUGCUAUGGAGACUUGAUCUUUUGCAUAUUUGCUCCCAAAACCAUGAAUUUUGAAAUUUCAAGUUAACUGGCAAAUAGGUUCAGGAAGGGGAGGUUAAGCGCUAUUUUUCCAUCUAUUUUUUUACACUGUAGUGGUUACAGUGCUGGACCAUAGCUGUCAACGUUUUCCUUUUUUUAAGGGAAAUUCCCUUAUUCCGAAUAGGAUUCCUCUCAAGAAAGGGGGAAAGCUGACAGCUAUGUGCUGGAUUAGGACCUGGGAGAACAGUGUUUGAAUUCCCACUCAGCCAUGACACACACUGGGUGACUUUGAGCCAGGCACAGCCUCUAAGCCUAUCCUACCUCACAGGGUUGGUGUGAGGUUGUGGAAGAGGACUGAACCAUGUGCUCCUUAGCGGAUAGGUGAGGUGUAGAUGCAAUAUAUAAAAAGACUAUGGGUGGAACCGCUCAGGCACAGGGGCCAAAUGUGGCCUUUUUGGCACUCUUCUCAUAGGCCCUUCUCCAAUGCUCCAUGAGUGGUUUUGCUUGAUGAGAAUGUGUCCUUGAACUCUGAUAAUGCCUCUUGUUUGCCUGGAUGGAUUGUAGCCUACAGCCCAAAGGUUACACCCACUGCUCUACCCACUUUUAACACUGCCCCAUUCACUGGUUCCGUGCAUCACAUGCUUAUAUCUCUACCUUGCCCCCACCUAGAGGCCGUCAAUCGGGGGGGGGGGGGAGUUCCCAUCCUUGCUGCAAACCUAAAAACAUUUCAAGCUCAUCGGGUUACAUACUGGCAUUUUGCCCAAGAAACUGCGUGACAAAGUGUCCACUCGUGGUACAAAAGAUUAAGUAAAAACAAAAAUAUGUGAUUGAAACAAGCCAGGAAAGGGAAUUGGAAUACAUAUGCACCAAGCCUAAAGCAAGUCGGGGGGGGGGGGUUUAAAACCAAGAACUAAGGACCAAACUAGCUAUGUGACUAGUUAGCUGUUGCACAAAUGGUUUUCAUCAUCAGGCACUAAGAUUAUUUUGAUCACGAAUCUGAUAAGGAGUGGGGAUGCAUUAACCCAGGGAUGGGCCCUCCUGAGCAUAGCUGUCAACUUACAGAUUUGAAAAUAAGGGACCAGCAGCCUCGAAAAUAAGGGAUCAGCAGCCAAAAUAAGGGAUUGUGCUUAGCUUAUGAGUUCCAUCGGCCCUUCCCCACCCGAGAGGGAGGGAGAGAGACUCUCACCCACGCCACCCACAAGCCCAGCAUGAGGCGGUUGUGGCGCCGCCGCAGCCACUGAAGGGCUGCCCUUCUGCGUCCCUCCCCAUCCCCUUCUCUUCCUCCUCCCUCAGGCCGCUGCCGCCGCUGCCACCUCUGCCUUCCCCUGGCAGCGCAGCGGAAGCCUCGCAAGAGAGGGGCUGCCUGCCUGCCCGCCGCCACCUGUCUUUCACAACACGCCCCUGAGGGGGAAAAGGGAGAGAUGGAGAUGCAGCAGCUCGUGCGCGCGCUCUCUCGAGGCGGAGGACCCCGAGCCGCUGCUUCCCUCCCGAGCCGGGCGAGCAUGAAACCCGGGAAAUUUAAGGGACAUCAUCAAUAAGGGACAGCAGCGGGAAACGGCGCUGGGAUAAGGGAGUUUCCUGCCAAAUAAGGGACGGUUUACAGCUAUGCUCCCGAGGUUGUUGGACUCUAAUCUCCCAUCAGCCUCAGUCAGCAUAGCCAAUGAAAAGGGAUGAAAGGAGUUGGAGUCCAGCAGCAGCCAAAGGGCCAUAGGUUCUCCACUUCUGCUUUAGCUCUUUCCUAUGAAAAGUACCAGUUCAGAUCAGCCUGUACAGGAGCUAUUUGCAUUGGAAUAAUAGCUCUCAUUCUCACAAAUGGAAGCUUUGCUCCCAAGGUAAAAGUAGGCACUGCAUUGAGACCCCAUUAUAGGGGAGCAAAGGGUUAAUGUCCCCAAUGCACCACAUCAGCAUGAUAAUCCAGAUUGGGAGGUUGUAUUCCUUACUUAUUAAAGAAAAUGAUUUUUUGAAUGGCAUUGCAUCCCAGUCUGGCCCUAAACUGGCUCCCAAAGUAGCAGGUUUCCCUAUCAGCACACCCAUUUGUUUACAUAGCACUCACCGUCUGACUUAUUUCCAAGCAUCUAGUCAGACAGCAGCAUUUCCCGGUUGGCAGAGGCAUUCUCCAAGAACAGACAGAUUAACAAAUUAAGCUGCCUUGGAAUUCUUUUAUGAUAAAUGAUCAGGGGCUGCCAAGCUUUUAUUUUAAUGGUCCCCGUUGCUAAGCCAGCUAUGCUACUGCACAAGUGGGAGACCAUUACAAAAGAAAAAUAAUUUUCAGUUGAGCAAAUUGAAUUUAACAUCCAAAAAGAUGAAAGGUUCGUUAAUCAGCCACUUUUCAUGCAGUCUUGACUACUGGCGGUGAUGUAAAAUAUAACUUAACCAUGGCUUUGGAAGCAUGGUAUUGGAGGCAGAGUUUAAAUUAUAUUAUGAGAUCAGAAAGCUACAAAACAACACCUAAAGCUUCCAGUUUAGCCUUUUCUAACCUGGUGCCCUCCAGAUACCAUUGGACUACAGCUCCCAUCAUUCAUUACCACUGGCCAUGCUGACUGGGGCUUCAGCCCCAAGAGAAUAAGCCAGGAAGCAGCAUCUCAUGAUCUACUUGCUUACAUGCAAAAUGAUAGGUAGGCCUACUCAGAAGUAAACCCCCGUGUUCAGUGACAUAUCCUCCCAUGUAAAUGUGCAUAGGAUUGCAGCCUUGCUGUGUUAAAAUUAUAUGUGCAUUUAACAUGCACAAAUAACCACCAUCGUAAUAGCUACUGACAACCUCAGUGAAUUGGUCUACAUUCAUUUUAGGGCAAGGUGUUUUUCUUUCUCUAAGCAUUCAGGAGGCACUGUGUGUGCACGCACAUAUGCAAGUGAAUUAAUUAAAUACUGUUUGUUUCUUUAUUAUGUUUAUAUUCCCGUUUCCUCUAAGGGAGCUCAAGGGAGCAUGAAUAGUUCUUUCCUCCUUGUUUUAUGCUCACAGCAGCCAUACAAGGUAGGUUUGACUGUGAGAUACUGACCAACUCAGGAUCACCAAGUAAGUUUAAUGGUUAAAUAGAGUUUUGAACCUUAGUCUUCCCAGUCCUAGUAAAACACUCUAAUCCAGGAGUGGCCAAUGUAUUACCCUCCAGAUCUUGUGGACUACGACUAACUCUCUUUGCUAACUAUUGGCCAUGCUCACUGGGACUGAUGGGAACUGGAGGGCACAACAUUGGCUACCUUUGCUCUAACCACUCCACAACAUUGGUUCUUGAAAGAGAACAUGUGCUGCUGAAGUUGAUUAUUAGCAAAACACUGGGGAUGGGGAACCUGUGCUCAGUCUCCCAACAUUUCUGUUGUCAUGGGCUGGUUGGACUCAGAGGAAUGGUGGGAGGAACGAGCUGGGGAAGAAGGCUCAAAGCUAGGGGAUAGUUGGUGGGAUGACAAUGAGUGGUCAAAGGGAGAAGACUGGGAGGAGCUGUCAGAAGCUAAAGAGGCAGCUAAGGCCCAGCAGACACAACACGAGAAACCUCAAGAAGACUUGGGCAGUUAAUUAUUUAACAUCACAUAAUGUAGGCACAGAUUACUACUGGUAAAAAUGUAUUAUAAAAUGGUGCUUUUCCUCUUCCUGAAGCACUUCUGCAUUCUGAUUGACAGAGCCAAAAGAGAUAUAAAGUCUGAUUAUUUCAUUAGCUGGAAUAAUGACCAGGAGAAGAUACAGGAAUAGAAACAGAACCUUAAAAAUACAGAAGACAUAACAAUUUCCAAAAACAAACAAAUAAACAAUGAAGAUGCAUUUUAUUUUCCUUAAAAUAAAUGGUGAAAAAUUUGUGUGUGUGUGUGUGUGUGUCCCAAAUGCCUACCAUCUAGCAAAACAAAUUAUUCUCUUUGAAAUUCUGUUGCAUUAACUGUACACUUCAGAGGAAGCAUUAAGUAAUUGCAGAGGUAAAAAAUGACAUUUAAUUCAGCUGACCAGCUGAAAUUCUGUAGCAAUGCAAACUAGAGUGCCACAUUGUUGAACAAGCUAUUUGUGGAACAGGUUUUGGUGUUAUAGGUUAAUUAAAUCCAUUUUGUACUGUACAUGUUACACAAAAGCCAGCUUGUUUUGUGGAAUCAACAGGGUUAUAAAAUAAAUUUGCAGCUAAUUGGAGAACCCUAUCAGUACAAAAACGAUCACAGCAUGGUUUCCCAUAGCCUUCCUGUACAUUAUCACUUGUGUUGCAAAUAUCACCGUUUUAAUUGUUACUGGCAAUUGCGGCCUGCUUCAUGAGCCAUUGUAGCAUGAUUACAGACCAAUGAACUUUCUGUUCUUGUUAUAAUUAUUAUAGCACAUCAUUAUUAGUGUGCUACAAGCAACAUAAUCACAAGAAAAGGCAGGUGUUCCAACCCCCCACGAUUAAAACCUACAUUUUGCCGUUGAUAGAAAAUAGAGGAGAAAAGAAAUGAGGUGGGGAAAGCAAGAAUAAUGAAGGAUUCACAGAAGGAAAUACACGUACCUAGGCUUUUCAGAAUGGCCUCUUAUUUCAUAUAGCAAUCAUGUUUAGUUUCAUGUAUUGUCAUCACUACAUUAUCAAAGGGUUGGCUCUAGGUUGGGGGAGCAGGAGGGGAGAUGUGCAAAGUGCCCUUUAUUGACCUCUUUCUACAUGUUUCGAUGGAGGUGGAAACAGUGAUCAGUGCCAAGGCAGAAUUAAAAAUGCCCCACAAUGCCUUGGAAUGCCCCAUCAGUGCCAUCAUAGGCACUAACUCCAUAGGGCUGAGGUGUCUUCAGCCUCCUCUCCCCCCAAAAAACUUGAGUGUCUGGGCCUCACAGCGGUGAGCAGCACCAGGCCUUGCUGCCAUGAGCCUCAAGGCCUUGCUUACCAGUGGCUUCCAGUAAGAUCUUGCUGCGAAAAGCCACAGCUGCCACACAACCCUGCAGGGUGCUCAAAGGGGCACUGCUCUGUGGGAUUCUGCAGCUCAAGGUACAUCUCACAGGCAGGCCGGCCUUGGAAGGCAAUUUGGGCAGCAUCAGCAGAGAAGACCACAUCUUCAGACCCUCCAAGUGUCCCUAUAUUCCAAGGACAGUCCCAGAUUUACAGAAGCCAUCCCAGUUUUUGAUUUGAUCCCAGAAUGUCCUGCUUUUCCUUAAGAUGUCCCCAGAGAACUGUUGGAGGGUAUGGAGUUAUCCAGCCCAGAGUCAUCUUAAGGUAGCCCAUUAUAAAAAGGUAAAGGGACCCCUGACCAUUAGGUCCAGUCGUCACCGACUCUGGGGUUGUGGCGCUCAUCUCGCUUUAUUGGCCGAGGGAGCCAGCGUACAGCUUCCGGGUCAUGUGGCCAGCAUGACUAAGCUGCUUCUGGCGAACCAGAGCAGCGCACGGAAACACCGUUUACCUUCCCGCCGGAGCGGUACCUAUUUAUCUACUUGCAUUUAGACAUGCUUUCGAACUGCUAGGUUGGCAGGAGCAGGGACCAAGCAACGGGAGCUCACCCCGUCGCGGGGAUUCGAACCGCCAACCUUCUGAUCUGCAAGUCCUAGGUUCUGUGGUUUAACCCACAGCGCCACCCGCGUCCCUUAGCCCAUUAUAGGGAAGUUUUUAAAAAUAAUUCAUUUUUUAAAUGUUUUUAUAUAUGUGGGAAGCCACCCAUAUAGUAAAGUUGUUAUUAUGGAAUAGGAUGUCCCUAUUUUCAUUGGGAGAAAUGUUGGAGGGUAUGCAUCUUUGGUUCACUACCAAUAAGAUUCUUUUGGUAAUGUAAUAAAAUCUUCAUGUGUGUUUAAGAGGAACUACUAUGCCCAGGCAAGUGUGCUUAAGAUUGCAGUUUUAAUAUUUCUUAAUUAUGGCUGGAUCGUGUGCCAUAGUUCCCUAUUUGUAUUUUAUUUCUUUUUUGUGUGUGUCAUUAAUAAUUGUAAGCCACUAUCAUUUUGUCAAGUGCCUUUUUUGCCUUCCUUUUUUUUAAAAAAAAAGCUCCAAUAUUGCUGCCACUGUAACAGCUUCUGGUCCUAGAUGUGAUAUGAUUUUUAAUUGUAUUUUUAAAGAUAUGCCCUAGACCGCCGCAGUGAAACUUGGGACAACUGGUUUGGGAGCCCCCUGUGCUAAUGUCCAUGUUUUCAGUUACUCCAGACACAGACUGCAAAAAAUAAAAACCUCCUCGCACAAGGCUUUCUACAGAACAGUGUUCUCCUUUUUAUUUUAAGCUAACAAUUUCUCCUUCCUUCCCACCCAGGAGCCUCUCUCUCAAGAUUUGCAAAAGCAGAAAACAAACUUGCCUUCUGUCCCCGCCCCCUUCACUGGUAAGAGAAAAAGUUGCCUCGGAUGAUAAACUCAACGCCAACGCAACCAUCCAAUAAUCUCCGUAUCCACAAGAGCCAAUAGCAAGCCGGCUUCCUCACAUUUUCGCCUCCCCCACUUUCCAAUGCACGCCCUCCCUGCCUCUGACGUCACUUUUCACCAAAGGCAGCAAUAGCAACUUGGCGUCGUUGCUGCACCGUCCCUGUCUUGCGUAAGAGGGGCGCGGAGCUGCCAAUCAGCGACAAAGAGCCAAUGGAGUCAUUCUUUCUGAAGGAGCGAGCAGGCGAGAGGGAGCUCACAGCUGCUGGCAAUGACAGAUGACUUUGGACUCGGGCUUUGCAAAAUGGCUGCUGAUGACGACAAACGAGGAAGGUAACGUGAACAACGUGUCCCCCUCCCACCAAAACGGGUGACUGACGUGCUGCUUUGUGAAUAAAGAAGGGCAGGAUUAGAGCAGUCUGGAUUAUUGUUUUAAGAAAGCCUGAGGUCAGUGCCUGUGGGGUUUCUUUUGGUACUAUAUAUGCCCAACGCUAUUUUAUUUUUUGGUGCUUCAUAAAUAAUUAUUUAUGUUCAUUGAAAGUAAGCACAGUGAUACAAGAAGGUCAGCGAAGGAAUAAAACUAACAAUCUUUAGGGUGUUGAAUGAUUAGGUCCUUAAUUAUAUCAUACAUAGCUUUUCCUGUGGCAUGCACAUUGAAACUUUAUUUACUUUUUUAAAGUAUUCAUGUGUGCUUCCUCCACAAGGAACUUAUUUAUUAUUUACUUAAGGUAUUGAUACGUUUUCCUCACAAGGUAACAAGACAAAAUUAUGACAUUUAUCUGGGCAAAUAUUUACAUAACAACUUUUAAGGCAUAAGCAACCUUUCGAAGCAGUUUACAGUACUGCUAAUAUUAAAACAGUAUUUAUUUACUUAUUUUUAAAGUUAUUUCCUGUGCAGAGUUUGGAGACUAGCAAUGCAGUCCUAUGCAAGGGACUCUGAAAAAAAGUCAUAUUGAGUUCAGUGGACUUUCGUCCAAGUAACUGGAUACUGUAUAUGAGUGCAGCCUAAAGAACUGAAACUGCUGAGAGGAGCCACCUUGAGGAUUUUUCAGCCUUGUGCAACCCUGAGACAAGCUUUUUUCUUAGUGCACCUGGAAUGGUUAUAUAGCUCUUCAGGUUUCUGCUCCCUUUAAAAUUUGGUUUAUUUCUAAAAUUUCAAUCACACACCUUCAACACCCAAAUGUGGCCCAGGGUGGCAUACAGUGAUGAUAAAAUAUAAUUAAUAAAGGUAAAACUCUUACAGCACAAUUCAAGGAAUGCAAACUCAGAAGCUUCACUGCAUUCCAUAGGGCCUACUACUACCAGGUUGCAUUCCUAUGCAUGUUCACCAGGUAGGAUGACCUACUGAGACUUACUUUUGCAUAAACAUGCUUUAAGAUUUGGCAGUGUAGCUACAACCUUACAUUCCUUUGACCUCUGGGACUUGCAUAAUGUUUAAAAUCCGGUUACCCGGUUGGCCUUUUCUUCUGUAAAUUUAUAUACUAACCUCUAUGGAUGUUGGUGAUCUGACACUAAGUAAAAGCGAAACCAAAGAAGUGCCAUGGUCAGAUCACUUCCUGGUGCAACUGGACUUCUCCGUGACCCUUCCCCUCUGCAGGGAGGCGGGACCGAUUCAGAUGGUCCGCCCCCGCCACUUAAUGGAUCCAAAUGGUUUCCAGAGAGUGGUUUCCAGGAAUGGAUCCAAAUGGUUUCCAGAGAGUGGUAGGGGAUGUUUUAUCCCAUGUUGAUGGCCUUUCAGCUGAUUCCCUGGUGGCCCGCUGGAAUGUGGAGUUAACCAGGGCUAUUGACUGUUUGGCUCCAAAGCGCCCUCUCCGAUUGCAUGGAGUCCGGACAGCCCCGUGGUUUUCCACGGAUCUGAGGGCAAUGAAACAAUCGUUGAGACGGCUAGAGCGCCGGUGGCGGAUAACCCAUUCUGAAUCUGACCGGACACGGGCUAGAGCUCAAUGUCGAGCCUACCAAGUGGCGAUAGCGACGGCGAAGAAGACUUUCUUCACCGCCUCUAUUGCAUCUGCGGAAAACAGCAGCAGGAGACUCUUUCAGGUGGUUCGCAAUUUAGCGGAACCACCUGCUCCAUCAGGGCCCAGUAGGGGCCACAUGAUCUCCUGCAAUGACUUUGCCAAGUGUGUUGCAGGUAAAGUCGCGCAGAUUCGAGAAGCGGUAGACUCCACCGUGGGAGCAGGGCCGGGCGGGAGAGUGCUAGAGUCCUGUCUAGUCAAGUUGUGUGGGAUCAUUUCCAAUCUGUUACCCCCGAGGAUGUGGACAGGCUGCUUGGACGAGUGAAACCCACCACUUGCCUCCUUGAUCCUUGCCCAUCCUGGCUUAUAAAAGCUAGCCAGGAAGGACUGGCGAUGGGCUUCGUGGGGUGGUGAAUGCUUCCCUCCGUGAGGGAGCCUUCCCAGACCCGCUGAAAGAGGCGGUUAUUAAACCGCUUCUUAAAAAACCAUCUUUAGAUGCGGCCACAAUAGCCAACUAUCGCCCAGUCUCAAAUCUUCCAUUCUUGGGCAAGGUGAUUGAGCGAGGGGUUGCUGAACAACUCCAGGCACGCCUGGAAGAAGCGGACCAUUUGGAUCCCUUCCAGUUGGGAUUCAGGCCUCAUCAUGGGACUGAAACUGCCUUGGUCGCACUGGUUAAUGAUCUCCGGCGGGCUAGGGACAAAGGUGAGAGCUGUUUCCUAGUUCUGCUGGAUCUCUCAGCGGCGUUUGAUACCAUCGACCAUAACAUCCUUCUGGACCGUCUUGAGGGGCUGGGAGCUGGGGGCACUGUUAUACAGUGGUUCCGCUCCUUCCUCCUGGGCCGUGUUCAGAAAGUGGUGGUGGGGGAUGAGUGUUCAGACCCCUGGGCCCUCACUUGUGGGGUGCCUCAGGGUUCUGUCCUCUCCCCCAUGCUUUUCAACAUGGGGUGCCUCAGGGUUCUGUCCUCUCCCCCAUGCUUUUCAACAUCUACAUGAAGCCGCUGGGAGAGAUCAUCAGGGGAUUUGGGCUGGGUGUUCAUCAGUAUGCGGAUGAUACCCAGCUCUACCUCUCUUUCAAAUCAGAACCAGUGAAGGCAGUGAAGGUCCUGUGUGAGUGCCUGGAGGCGGUUGGAGGUUGGAUGGCGGCUAACAGAUUGAGGUUGAAUCCUGACAAGACAGAAGUACUGUUUUUGGGGGACAGGAGGCGGGCAGGUGUGGAGGAUUCCCUGGUCCUGAAUGGGGUAACUGUGCCCCUGAAGGACCAGGUGCGCAGCCUGGGAGUCAUUUUGGACUCAAAGCUGUCCAUGGAGGCACAGGUCAAAUCUGUGUCCAGGGCAGCUGUUUACCAGCUCCAUCUGGUACGCAGGCUGAGACCCUAUCUGCCUGCGGACUGCCUAGCCAGAGUGGUGCAUGCUCUGGUUAUCUCCCGCUUGGAUUACUGCAAUGCGCUCUACGUGGGGCUACCUUUGAAGGUGACCCGGAAACUACAACUAAUCCAGAACGCGGCAGCUAGACUGGUGACUGGGAGCGGCCGCAGAGACCACAUAACACCGGUCUUGAAAGACCUACAUUGGCUCCCAGUACGUUUCCGAGCACAAUUCAACGUGUUGGUGCUGACCUUUAAAGCCCUAAACGGCCUUGGUCCAGUAUAUCUGAAGGAGCGUCUCCACCCCCAUCGUUCUACCCAGACACUGAGGUCCAGCACCGAGGGCCUUCUGGCGGUUCCCUCACUGCGAGAAGCCAAGUUACAGGGAACCAGGCAGAGGGCCUUCUCGGUAGUGGCGCCUUCCCUGUGGAACACCCUCCCACCAGAUGUCAAAGAGAACAACAACUACCAGGCUUUUAGAAGACAUCUGAAGGCAGCCCUGUUUCGGGAAGCUUUUAAUGUUUGAUGUAUUAUAGUAUUUUAAUAUUCUUUUGGAAGCCGCCCAGAGUGGCCGGGGAAGCCCAGCCAGAUGGGCGGGGUAUAAAUAAUAAAUUAUUAUUAUUAUUAUUAUUAUUAUUAUUAUUACUAACCGUAAAUAUUUCCAAGCAGUUUACAAAAUAAUAAAAUAAUUAAAAACUUAAAUGUAAAGUGAAAUAAUGAUCAAUAAACAGCAGAAUAAAAGGGUUAUUCAAACCAUCUGAUACAAUGCUGGAUUUGGUUACUAGUUCCUGAUUUCUUAUUUGCUCAGAGUUUGAAACACUUUUUAAAAAGGAAAUGUGAUGUGUCCCUCCAAACCCAAAAUAAACAUUAGAAUUCCCCGAAUCUUAUUUCUCCAUGACUGGGGGACUCCCUAAUUUGAGUACAAUAAUAAUGUUAUUUAAACAAAAUUAUUGCACUUGUGAAACGCUCAUAAAUGCCUGAUGACAUAAUAAAGACCAUAUGAAAUAAGCAAUGGGGAGGGGCAUCCCAAAAUCUGCUGUAGGCCAGCACAAAUGAUACACCAGUGAAUAUGGGACAGGUAUCUACAAGAUAAUGUUGGAUCCUGGCUGGCCCAGAACUCCUUGUGGGCAAAUGCCUCUGUCAAGGGCACCAAUAAUUGCAAGAAGGAAAAGAAGAACUGAUGUUGGCCACUCCAAAAUAAGCAUUUGGCUACUUUAUUUUGGCCCAUGAAUGCAUUUGGAAUUUUGUGGAGAGUUUCAUGGGCACAGUCUCCUCUGGUCACAUCCUUCUCUGUAAAAUGCACCACCUCUGGACAGAAAGAAAGCACACACAUACUGUAUUCUUUCCUGGCUCUAGUAUUACUAAAAUGAAUCCUAGUUGCAUAGGACUGCAUAAUUUUACAUGGAGGCUUCCCACCACCAAAAAACCCCCACCCACUUUCAUAUUAAAGCUUGGCAGGCAGCAUAGUUGAAAUGAUUGAUCCUUUGCAUGCCUACCAUUAGUCAAAAACAUUGAUCCAAGGCUUCAUGGAUUUGCACAGAAUCACAAUAAAACCACCACCAAGUCACUAAAUAUAUCUGUGGAUACCAACAUGACACAUGAUAUGGUGAUGGUUUUGAGGGAUUGCUUGCAAAAAAAUUAUAAGGAUCGAUGUGGAUCAGUGCCUUGAAUACAUGUUUUUUUCCAUCAUAGUGCCGGAAAGCAGCUUAUCUCUGAUUUUUACAGUUCAUGAUCUGUGAUUGAUCCAGGGGAUGACUCAUGAAAAAGGAAAUGUCAUGGUAAUGCCAAAACAAGCAAAUUAAUUUUCAAUCUCUGGGUCUGUAUGGAACAAGCAGCAACAGUCAUUUGAUAUUCAUUAACAUGUAUUAAAUGGUGUGUGCAGAGUUUUUAAUGUAUUUGCACAAUAGUGAGACCUCAAAAAUGUUUCAGUAUUAAACCCUUAUUUUGUGCAGUUGUAAGAUUUGCCAUGGACUGUAAGAAAUAGCUCUUUUAGAAUAAAACAGGCCAUGCUCAUAACCAUCCCAUUGUUGUGCUUUAUUCAUUAUGCUUUUUGUUCAAAGCUUGCUACAUUACUAAACAAAGUGUUAUUAGAUUACUGCCAAUAUAUAUACGUUGCAAACAAUUUUCCAGUUGUGUUUGCCUCUAGGUGAAUGCAAACUUAUUGUGGGCCUCUAGAGAUUUUGAUUAGUAGAAUAUUUAUCUUGUUGAAUCUGCAAAAAUAUGAACAGAUUUGUUUAAUAUUCCUCGUAUGCAAAUUAAUAAUAAUCCUGGAGUGAAAAUUCAGGUUUUUGUGAAAUGCUUGCUCUUUUUGCUUGUUCUAGAAUAAGUGUGAAAGAUAAAGCUAUACUGAACUUAAAGAAGUUUGAUGUUGGAGACAGAUUUUCCCAUAUAACACUUCCAAAAGCCUCUGUUCUUAUUCCGCUGAUGGUUAAAGAUGGAAAGCUGUGGGUUCUUUUCACUGUCAGAUCAAUGAAGGUAUGAAAAUCUGGAAGAAAUAAACUUCCACAACGUGCUGCGAAAUAUAUUUCCUGGUGUCAAUGUGUGAGAAGAGAGAAUGCGAGUAGUAUGUAGUCAAAUCUCUCAAUUGUAUGUAAGAAUAGCUGGAUCAGACCAGUGCCCAUCUUUUUUUUCUACCCAUUUUCUCUAUUCCAUGCAUGAUUCUAUACACUUCUUGGAGGUACAAAUAUUUCAAAAAUUGGAAAUCAUAAGGUUUGAAAAAUUUCCCCUUCCGUCUCUGCAAUUUUAUAUCUCUCCUUCCUUGCAGAAUUUAAUCUUCCAUGCAUAACAAUGUGUAGUGUAACAGUUGAAUAAAUUCAUUAAUCUAGUAUGCAUGCAAAAUAUCAGCUGUAAACUAUUGCCAACAUAGGUUUUUAUGCAGAGAGAUUGAGAACCAUAUAGAAGACUGCAACGUAUGACUUGUAGCGUACAAGUUGUUUAAUAAAAAAUGGGGAAUCCUGAUAUGCUAAGAACUGUCUUCUAGGAUCAUAUGUUUGUCGCUUAAAAUAAUUACUUAACAAGGCUGUUCUUCCAAAUCCUAGCUGAGAAGAUCCCCAGGAGAAGUGUGUUUUCCAGGAGGUAGAAGUGACCCAACAGACAGAGAUGAAAUAGCAACAGCUCUCCGCGAAGCCAAGGAAGAAGUGGGGCUCCAUCCUGAACAGGCUGAGGUCAUCUGUAGGCUUCUACCUGUAAUAGAUAAAGUAAGGUGCAUUUAGAUAAAGUAUAAGGUACUUGCAAGCAUGGGUACCUAUUUAUCUCUGACCCUGGGUCCAGUUCUUUCUCCUGCUCCCUCCUUCCUGCACUUAACUUACAUUACUCUUUAGGUUUCUCCUAUGAGCUCUUAUUCUUUUGCUGCCUCUAUCCAACUUGGGGUUGGAUUAUAGUAACAGUAAUAAGAAUGUUAUUAUCUGUACUCUGACCAUCUGACUGGGUUGCCCCUGCCACUCUGGGCAGAUCAGUUCUGUUAACUGACCUCUCUGGUUAGGGUUUAGGAGAGAGUCUCUGAAUCUGCACAGGUAGCCAAUAUGGUGUGCCCCACACAGUGGUGGAAUUUGGGCUCUCAAAUUUCAGUGGUGCCCUUUGCAAUGCUAAAAUUCAGUGUGUCCCCUCCCAUACUCCGUUCUGCAGCAUUGUUGUAGAGCCCCCCUGCAACGUGUCACCCAGUGUGGCCAAACUGACCACAGCACUCUAAAACCACUUGAGCUCUACAUGUUGCCUCAGCAAGCAUGGCCAGUGGCUAUUUAAGAACUAAAAAAAUUUUUUAGGGCUGAUGGGAGUUUUGGUGCAGUAUCUGAAGGCAAACUGGUAACCUCUGCCUUCCUUCUGUUUUCCACUGAUAUUUGUAGUGUUUUGCCCUGACUUUUAGUUGCUUUAAAGAGCCAAACCUGUUUUUUUCCUUUUCAGACUCGUUCUUUAGUAACUCCAGUUGUCGCCUUCAUAAAGGAUACAUUCCAAGCCCAUCUUAAUCCAGAAGAAGUCAGUGAUGUGUUUUCAGUACCAUUGGAGUAUUUUAUUAGGCCUUUAAAGUACACAGGCAUUCCCAAAAAAAUGGGCAGCAUUGCUUAUUUAUUGCAUUCUUUUGAAUAUGAUGACUCGGAACGCAAUACUUCAUUUCGAAUAUGGGGACUCACAGCACACUUUGCGGUAUUCCUUGCUCUUGCAAUUUUUAGAGAAAAACCAACAUUUGAAGUUCCGUAUGAUCUUGAUAACUGGAAUUCUUCAGUUGAGAACCAUUUCAUAGAGUUAAUCAGUAUGGUGAAAAGCCAACUUUGAUGUAUGGAAUUGUUUCUCCUGUCAAAACUUAUCCUGCUUAUAAGUUCGGCACACAAGUUGCUUCAAAUAUAUUCCCUUAAAUUAUAUCUGUAAAUUAUAUUGAAGUAUGCCAUUUUAUGAGUCCACUAUUAAGUAAAAAUAAUUUAGGAUUAUAUGAAAUAAAAUGCACUGAUCAGUAUUUAUUUCAUAAAAUUUAUACACUGCUUGAUUGUAAAAAUAAAAAACCCACCUCAAAGAGUUUAUGAAAAGAUAAAUCAAGAAAAUAAAUAAAAAAUACAGUCAUACUUUAGAACAUACAAAUAUUAAAAUUACCUAAAUUUUUCAGCAUCUGGGUCUAAACAAGAAAGUUGUGUCACAUACUCCAUUGGUCUACUCUGUAUCAAAAGGAACAAAAAUUAAAUUCUCAUCAGUUUCUCUGGCUGCUAUCCUGUGUACACAUUGGUGCAAGUGCCAUUGAGCUCAGUAGGGCUUGCUUAUGAGUAGACAAACUUCUGGCUUUGGAGUGUGAUAUGACAAUUUCUACAUAUUGUCUACAUAUUGGCAUUUCCCCUCUUUAAACAACAUGGAAGUAGCAACCGGUAGAAAAUUAUAGACUUAGAUAUGUUUUAAAGUAGAGACUUGCAAAUUUCACGAUUGAUAUAGCCCAUUGUUAGCUUGUCUGUCACUGCUUGUAUAAUAUGUAGAUGAGAAGCUGGGAGCCUGAAUAAUGUUUGGGAAAUCUACCUUCAUUUCCUGGUGUGGGUCCUAGAUGCAGGUUAAUAUAUAUUUAAGUGCUGGCUUUCUCUGUACCUCACUUCCAGCUUGCAAAACAUAGAGGGGGGCAAUCUGUUAUUUGCUUACAGAUGGGAUACAAGAUAUAUAUGUUUGUCUUAGCAGCAAGCAGAUCAGACAGAAUUCCAUUGUCCCAUCUGCUGGAGACCUCCUGUGCUAAACAUACUUCUAUACUGUUUGUAUUAUUUGUGAUGACAAAUGAUUCCUAACAAAUUUGACUGACCAAUGCUGGUCAUUGACUACAGUAAAGAUAUUGACUGACCAAUUUACAAAAUAAAUAGGAGAUGGCUCGUGACUAUUGGAUUAAGAUGAGGUUUACGAGACGACCUUAAUCACUUCUCACUUUCUCACGAUGCGAAAACUCGUGGACAUCAACUGAAGCUGAAUGUUUAGGACAAAAAACCAAAGUAUUUGUUCACACAACGCAUAGGUGGGGAACUCGUUCCCACAAGAGACAGUGAUGGCUAUCAACUUGGUUGACUUUAAGAAAGGAUUAGCCAGAUUCAUGGCUAUCAGUGGCAACUACCUGGGUUGGGUAUGCUCUGUCUUCAUGGCUGGAGGCAGAACGCUUCUGAAUACUAGUUGCUGAAAACAGCAGGAACGGAGAGUGCUCCUGCACUCGGGUCCUGCUUGCGGGUUUCCCAAAAGCAUCUGUUUGGCCACAGUGAGAGCAGACUGCUGGACUAGAUGAGCCACUGGCCUGAUCCAGCAGGCUCUCCUUAUGUUCUUAUUACUUGUUUCAUUCUCAACCUCACCUGGCUUUGAGGAUAAAAAGAAGUAGCUUCAUGCACUUGAUCAUUGAAGAAAGGAUGUGACAAAUAAACUACAUUUGUAACUUGAGGUACAUCACCAGGCAUAGCUGGACUUGCAGUUUUGCUUGAGGCCUCUGGGUGGGGCAGUUAGACAUUUAACAUAAACAAUAAUUGUACUUUUAAACACCUAUGUUUUGUUGCUUAUUAUUGACUCAAAUUUAUGUUACUUGAAAUAAAGAAUAAAACAAUUAUUGGUGA